AUGGUUAUGGCAACAGCCGCGAUCGAGCACUUUGCACCAGCUACUAUCAAUUUUGCUAGUACCUACCAACCUGUCUUGAAGACAUCGCAUUAUGUCGAACACGCACACCAAAACAAAAAUGGCGUGAUCAACCCCAAGCAGCUAAUUGGCGACGCCCUCCGCCAGCGUGUGGAGAGCGUUGACCAUGAGAUUUGUGAGCCCGGCGAGGAAGACACCUUUUUCGUCGGUGAUCUUGGCGAGGUCUACCGCCAGCACAUCCGCUGGAAGCUUAACUUGCCACGCGUCAAGCCCUUCUAUGCCGUCAAGUGCAACCCGGACCCCAAGGUCCUUCAGCUCCUGGCUGCUCUCGGCACCGGCUUCGACUGCGCCUCCAAGACGGAGAUCGACCAGGUCCUCAAUAUGGGCACCGCUCCUGAGCGUAUCAUCUACGCCCAGCCCUGCAAGACCAACUCGUACGUGCGCUACGUCAAGGCCAUGGGCGUUAAGCAGAUGACCUUUGACAAUGCCGACGAGCUUCGCAAGGUCGCCAAGCUUUUCCCCGAGGCUGAACUCUACCUUCGCAUCAUGACCGACGAUGAGUCCAGCUUGUGCCGCCUGAGCAUGAAGUUUGGCGCCGCCAAAGAAGACACCGACGGCCUCCUCGCGACCGCCAAGGAUCUCGGCCUAAACGUUGUCGGCGUCAGCUUCCACGUCGGUUCAGGCGCCUCUGACCCCAUGGCCUUUUACAAGGCUGUCUACGACGCUUACGAGGUGUUCGAGCAAGGCCGCGCCUAUGGCUUUGACAUGAAGACACUCGAUAUCGGUGGUGGCUUCUGUGGUGACACCUUCGAGGACAUGGCCGCCGUUCUCCGCGGCGCCCUCGACGAGUACUUCCCCGCCAGCAGCAACGUCAACAUCAUUGCCGAGCCGGGUCGUUACUACGUUUCCUCGGCCUUCACCAUCGCCUGCAACAUUAUUGCUCGUCGCACCGUCGAGGAUCCCACCCUCCGUGACAAGCGCUUCAUGCUUUACGUCAACGAUGGUCUCUACGGCAACUUCUCGAGCAUCAUGUUCGAUCACCAGCAUCCCGUCGCCAAGGUCCUCCGGGCCGGCUCCUCAACCGUCUACGACACCUCCGUGGCUCACGCCUGCCCUGACGGUCAGGGCGUCCGCUACUCCGUCUGGGGGCCCACCUGUGACGGCAUCGACCGCAUCACCGAGACUAUCUCGUUCGACCAUGAGCUUGACGUAGGCGACUGGCUGUACUUUGAGGACAUGGGUGCCUACACCAAGUGCUCUGCUACCCGUUUCAACGGUUUCUCUGACAACCACGACGUCAUCUACGUAUGCAGUGAGCCCGGUGCCAAGGCUCUCCUCGACAUCUGA